GGAACAGGAUGGAGGGAGCGGCGGGUACUCGCCCGCCUUGUCCAGCCCGGGACGCCCCGCCCGCUGCCCGGUUUGUGUCCGGCAGGGUGACGCGCGCCCCCGGCCCGCCUGAGGGCGGAGCGCGGUGCCAGGAACCGCGGCGGAACCGCGAGCCGGCACGGACGGGGCUGUGCCCGUGGGAAGAGACCCGCUGGUGUGCCAUGGCUGAUCCUCUGACCGAAGCCGAUUUCCCAGCCCUGGCUCUUCUCAGAGCUUGUCGCUCUUUCUCUGACCUGGGUCAUGAAACCUCUGGACAGCCAGUUCUGCCUAAUCCUAAAACAGGAGUUGAUAUCUGUGAGGUGUGGUGCAGCCAGCCCCUGGAGAGGUUGAGGGAAUAUUGCACCUUUAUGAAAAUCAAUAUUUUCGCAACUCUGUUCUCCACYGGGGAAAGCUUUUCCUUUUUGGAGGAUCACGGGAUGUCGUUCUCGAGCUGGAGCGUUGAGGCCAUGUGUGAGCGCAAUGUUUUGGAAGACCUGGCUGAUUUACUUAAAAAAGUUGUUAACAUCCCCCAUUUUAUCAGUGCCAUCCUGAGGAUUGGCAGUGAGAUAGAAAACGGUUUCUUUCACCUUGAAGAGGCUCUGAUCUGGGUGGAGUGCGUGGGAGGUGCUGGCUUCCUGCAGAGCCUGGAGCAGCUGGGGGACGGCGGGGGCAUCCAGCUCGCCGUGGUUUUUUCUCGGUGGAAAUGUUUCAUCACCAAAGUGGCGCUGGAGGAUUGUGAUUUGAUGGAGGAGCUGAAAGCUCUGACCUGUGAGAGCUUCAGGGAGGAGAGUGAAGCCAUGAAGCAGAAAGGAAAUGCUGAAUUUUCCCGAGGAGCCCUGGGCUGUGCCAUAAUUUCCUACAGCCAGGCCAUCUACCUUCGCCCCACAAAUCAUCUCCUGUAUGGAAACCGAGCUCUGUGCUUCAUCCUCACCGGGCAGUAUCAGGAAGCUGUCAUUGAUGGGAAAAGAGCCAUUUUUCUGAAACCUGAUUGGCCCAAGCUUUGGAAAUCAGCCCCGUUUGGGGUUUCAUUUCUCCUCUUUAUUUUGUUUUCUGUAGGUGGCAAACAGGAGCAGAAACCGGGGAAGCCUCUGCCUGAGAAAAAAAGCUGCAGCCCUUCCAAAUCUCCCUUGAUCACCUCCCAGGAGCAAAAAAAAGGAGAAAAUGAGGAGAAGGAAUCAAAAUGUGCUUUAGUCACCUCCCAGGAGCAAAAAGAAGAAGAGGAUGGGAAGGGAGCCCAGGCUGACCCCAAAUUUCAUCCUGGUCCCCAAAAACACAAAACCGAGGUGACUGAGACCCAGCCAGCAGAAGGCAAAGUUUCCACGCUGGAGCUGCCUCUGAACCAAAGUCAGCAAAACAAACGAAAGCCAAAACCCAAAACUUGCGAUCAUGAAAAGAUGAGAGAUCACUUGGAUUUGAAAAAAGAAGAGUCUAAAGCUGUGGAGAAUAAAAACUUUUGUGCUGUGCCCGAGGGACAUUUCAGUGCCUUGGCAGGUGGGAAAUCCCCAGGGCUGGAAGGCGGCGCCACCACCAUGGUCCAGGAAGCGCUGGCCCGCGAUGGCUGCAGAGCCCUGCAGGAGCAGCGCUGCCCCAGCGCCGAGCGCGCCUUCGCCAAACUGCUGAGCACCCUCAGCAACCCCACCUUCACGUUUGUGAAUAUUCUUAAUAUUAAUUAUGUUAUAUUCCUGUAUGGACACGGCACUGCCCUCCUGGGAAUGGGGCACCCUCAGGCUCUGGCCACAGCCGAGGGGCAGUUCCGGAAAAUCCUGGAGGAAUUUCCACAGGAGAGCUGCUCCUGCUUGGCCCUUUAUGGGAUCGGGAGGGUUUACCUGCGGCAAAACAGAUUUGCCCGUGCCCUGGAGCAGUUCCUGAGGUCCAAACUGAUGAUUGAUCUCAGCAUCGUCCCCGGGCUGCUCACCUGGCCAGGAACGGCUCAGGUCAUCGAGGAGACGCGCACAGAGCAUUUACAGAUGCUUUUAAGGAAUUACAUCGAGGAAUGUAAAUUCCCUCCGGAUCCAGAUGCCGUGUGUCGAUAUCAGCARUGCCAUGGUUACUCCAAAAUCCAAAUAUAUUUCACAGACCCAGAUUUUAAGGGUUUUAUACGAAUUAUUUGCUGCCACCAGUGCAGGGUGGAGUUCCACAUCAGCUGCUGGAAAAAACUGAAAACAACAAAUUACAGUGAUAAAAAUGAUAAGGAUUUCCUUAAGGAAAUGUGUUUUACUCCUGAUUGUAAAGGCCUCAUUUCAAAAAUUGUUAUUUUCAGUUCUUCUGGGCUGGUCAAAUGUGAGUUUGAACAAAAAAUCCCCAAACCCAAGGAGCCACCCAAGACCAUUAUUAAACAAAAAUGUUCAAGCCUUAGGAAGAUCAAAAUGAAGCAAGAAAAAAAACUGCAGCGGAAACGAGCRCGGGAAGAGGCCCGGAAUUGUGCCMGGRAAAAAGAGGAGGAAAAGCAGCAGGGAAAGGAAAAAUCUCAUUACAGCCACAGGGGCUACAGCCAGGAUUUGUACGCYGGCGACCAGAUCYUGCAGCACAUCCGCCGCAAUUCYGAGCGAAUCAAAGCCGCCGUUCCYGACGCCGCUGAAUUCCUGCAGGAAUUGCUGCUGUGGGGUGUGAUCAGUGAGGAGGAUUUCAAAUCCUAUUCCAAGGGGAGCAGCGAUUCCCAGGAGCUGCUGGAGCAGCUGCUCAGCUGGGUGAUCCAGGGCAAGAGCCGGGUGCGGAGCCGGGGAUUCCUGCACGUGCUGAGCCGGCUGGGAGACGUGGAUCCCAAAGUGCUCAAGUGGCUGAAGCAUCUCGAUAACCUGGGUCUGACAGCUACAAAAAAUUUUAUUCAUCAAUAUGGCCAAGUUCUGCAAGAGCUUGACAUGUCUAUUUUAAUCCCGCUGUGGAACCAGAAAUACAGCAAUAAAUUCGAUAUUGUGACAGCUCCUGGUGGAAAAGAAGAAAUCUGUGAUUAUUUCCUCAAACCUCCCUUAGAGAAARCCCGUUGUUUUAUAUGGCUUUUAGAAGAAAACAGAGAACAUUUCCCAGAUCUCCAUCAAGCUUUAGAUGAAUUUUUUGAUAAAAUGGAUGACCCAACCAUUAUAUUAAAGAAACAAGGAAAUGAAAAUUUAUCAAAUAAUGAAAUCAAAGUUAAAAAUAAAACCAGGAAGAAAAAUUUGAAAGAUUCAAAGUCUAUUUUAGUAUUAUCCAGUGGGGUUAGUACAGCACCACGAGAUGAAGAGAAGAUAUUUAUAGAAGAAAAUAAUUUGUACAGAGAUUAUACAAAUGAACCCUUUGUAAUCCCAGAAUAUCUCCAGGAGCAACUGGAGGAAUUCGAAGCCCUCUAUAAUAUUUCCAAUAGUAACAAUUAUCAAAGACUUUCAAAUAAUAAUCUAGAUCCAAUCUCGGAGAAUUUAUAUGAUUAUUUUUCUCAAAUCUUGGAAGAGCAUGGCCCUCUGGAAAUUAAUAAUAAAUUAUUGGUCGGGGARUACGAACAUUUCCCCGAGGAAACGCGGAAGGUGGUGGAAGAUGAAGGCGGCCUGGAGGCCUUCCUGCUGAAAUCCCUUCGCUUCAUCAUGGUGGAUAAUCUUGUUGGAUUGAGGAAGCACUCAGUGCUUUUUGAAGAAAAUCCAAGCAGAAAUGAGGCUGGAAAUAACGAGGAAAAUCCCGGAACUGGGAAACUCUGCGGGAAUUCUCCUCAGGGCGGGCUGCAGCUGAACCCCUGCGCCAAGGAAUUCACGCCGCUCUCGUACCCUUUGGAACCCCCUUUAUCAGAUUUCACCGAUUAUGGCCCUGCACAGUAUCUGCCCUGCUCUUUUCCUGCUUCCUGCACACCUGGCAAUCUUCUGCAACACGAAAGKAUCGAUUCUGUGGGAAACUGGCCGUCGUUUUCGAGGGUUUUAUUAAAGGGUUUCGAGUCUGCGGUGUUUGUGCCUCAGAGCUCCUGGGGUUGUCAAUAUGGGAUCCUGCCCCUGCUGCCUGUGGGGCCUGCGCUGGCACGGCCUGGCCGGGUUUGUGCUGAUCCUGCAGAUCCCGGGGAAUCGGCCAUUCCCUGUGGGAAACGCAGCCUCGGAGGAGCCUGUGGGAGCAAAGGGCUCCAGGGCCCUCAGGAGAGCGCGGAGAACUCUGAGAAUCUGGAGAACUUGGAGAACUCAGAGAACUUGGAGAACUCUGAGAGCUCGGAAAACUCGGAGAACUCGGAUCCUGCUGUGCCAAAGGGAUCCCAUGAGGCUGGACUGGGUAAAGGGGUAAAGGAGGAGAAGGGAAGGAGAGGAAAAGCUGGGAUKAAGAGCAAUCCCCACACAAGGAUGGUGGCUGUUCAGGUAAACCAGGAAGCUGCUGAUAGGGAAACCAACACUUUGCCUUUCCAUCCUUUUGAAAAUCACCAAGGAGAUAUCCUCCGCAUGGAGAAGGAGCACCAGGUAUUGAAAGAAAAACUGMAAGAGGCUGAGGAGAAAUUUGAGCAGCUACAAAACAGAAGAUCGGAGGAAAUCACAGCUUUGGAAGAGCUCCUGAAAAAAAGUGUUGAAGARACUGAGGUCUCCCAGAACGAGCUGGAUUGGUUCCACCAGGACUCRGAAGCGCAGCUGAAGAAAUGGCAGCAGGAGAAGAAAGAAAAUCGAGAUAAUUUAAAAGCACUGAGGAGCACAGCUAAAAAGCACUCAGAGACCAAUGAGAGGUAUUUGAAGACUGCUGAUGACAAGGAAAAGCAAUAUCACGAGUGUUUAAAUACAUUUCUGGAAACCAGUAAUAAAUUUGCUAACGAGAAAGGAAAAUUGGAAGAGCUGAUAAAGAAGAGUCAAGGUGACAGCCAGGAGUGUGUGAAAAGAGCUGUUAAAGCAGAGGUCUCAGUGCUCCAGACCUGGAAGGAAACUGAAGUCUGGAAGCUCAAAGGCACCAUUGCCAAGGCAGAAGGAAAGGUCAGGAUGCUGAAGGCAUUGAGCAGCAGCUCGGCCUCAACAGCUCCUGUGCUGAAAUCUCAGAUUGAUUUGUGGGAAAUAUUUAUUUCAAAUGUCAAGAAACAGCUGGAAAAAGUCGAGGCUGAGUAUGAGGAGAAAAUCGAACAGGUGAAAAACGGGGCCAGGAACUGCCUGAGUAAAGUGGAGAUUGUGGAUGUUCCCUCUCCUCAGGGAGCUGUUCCAAUCCCAAGCAGAGCUGUCAUGAAUGAUCCUGCCAUUGUCUCCUGCUCCUCGGCACCUGCUCAUCCCAGUUCCCUCCCUGCAUUUUUGAUUUCUGAYGGAAAAUCUCCAGCCCAGUCUCCACUCCACGCACAGACCGCAGCUCAGCCAGCACCUGCCAGCUCUGAGGCAGCUUCUACAUCUGGGAAAACGCAUCCCAAARCUCCAGAGGGAUCCCAUUCCACUAAACUGUCACCUUCCCGCCCAUCAGGGAUUUCUGGAAGCAAUUCCCAGCGUGUCCAGCCCAACCAGACCCACCCUGAAACCUCAGCUCUGCAGCCGAGGCCUCCUGGAACUGCAAACAACAAAAAGUUUUCACAAGUCUUUGAAAGUAUUAUUGGCCAGCUGCAGAGUGUAUUCCCAAAUUACAGCAGUUCAGAUUUCACCGCCUUCAUCCGAGAGGCGAAGAGGAGGAACGGGAACAGCCUGGCGGGGCUGAGCCGGGAUGAAAUCCUGAACCGCGUCACGGAGCUCAUCCUGGACCAGCAGCUCAAGGCUCCACCUCCGGCCGCCAGAGCUGCGCCUUCCCCCACCUCUGCUCCCUCAGCCCCGGCGGGAGCGCGGAGCCGGGAAGCGCCCGCGGAAAGAAUCGGCCCCGGCUCCCCCCGGGCAGCAGCCGSMCCUAAAACCAGCUCCAGCAAAAACYCAGCCCAGCCAAACCUCCAGCCCUGGGGCAACACAACACCUAAAGCCAGAUGGAAAAAGCAGGACAAUGCUGCCUCCAGUGAGGAUCCCUGCACCAUCUGUCACGAUGAGCUGAGCAGGGAUUCCUGUGAGCUCGAGUGUGGCCAUCACUUCCACAGAGAGUGCAUCCGGACGUGGCUCAAGCAGCAUUCCAGCACCUGCCCCAUCUGCCGGGUCCACGCCCUCCUUCCCGAGGAUUUCCCUGAGCUUCCUGCAUGGAACAAGUCCAGCUGA